AUGGUCUCAGCUCUGGGACGGUUCCAAGACAACACUGGGGCCAAUGCCCGGAUGGCACUCCGGCACCCUGGAAGGGCGGGGGGCCCUGGGCAAGCGGACGUCACCAGCAAGGCCGUGCUCUCUUUGCAGAAGGACACGGGUUCCUGUAUGAAACCUCCGGGGUCCGGCCGCAGUUCUCCCGGGCAGCAGUUCGUGUAGCGAGGGUCCCCAUCCCUGUCGGCUCAGCAGGAAAUCUGCACGCACGUCUUGGACCAAUUUGACUACUGCACGCCAAGCUGCCUUGCCUUCUUGGGGCGGGGCUCCCCUAACCCUUCCCUCUCCUGCAGGGAGGGCUUUUCCUGGGAUGGCUCAGCCGUCUUCCCAGAACCACCCGUCAUUAGGAUAUAUCCCGGCACGAUUCGUCCCAUCUCUCGGCACAUCAGAUACUACGCCAUGGCCCUACUGAAGAACGUGAAGGAGAGGGCCGCCUGGUUCCGAACACCACACGUCCUCUGGCCCUGGGGCUGUGACAAGCAGUUCUUCAAUGCCUCGCUCCAGUUCACCAACAUGGACUCUGAUGGAAUUCAUCAACUCUAACUCUCCGCCUCCAAGCUUGGCAUCUCUGUGGAGCACGCCACACUGGCUGACUACUUCCGUGCCAUGCACACUCACAGUGUCACCUGGAACAUCCACGACCGGGACUUCCUGCCCUAUUCCUCAGAUCCAUUUCAGGCCUGGACCGGCUUCUACGCAUCCCACAGCGGGCUCAAGGGGCUGGCGAGGCGAGUCAGCACACUGCUGUAUGCCGGGCAGUCCGUGUCCACUUACUACGUGUGGCCGGCCCCCCAGCAGCACCUGGGCCUGGACCGGGCCCUGAAGCAGCUGCAGUGGCCCCCUGGGCGGUCUCCGAGGCACCUGGCGAGAGGGAAGGAGAGCCAGCACCUGGGAGGUGAGUGGGUGCUCUGGAGAGGCGGGUCCCGAUCCCAUGCUUCCCCUACUCUGGUCGGGCUACGGGUGCAGCACCACGACGCCAUCCCUGGGACUGAGACGCCCAAGGUGAGGGACAUGUACGUGGAGAAUCUGAGCGCGGGGCUGAACGGCGUGCACAAGCUGAUGGCCUCCAUCGUCCAGGACAGGACCCCAGCCCACUCAGACCCAGAACGUGGGGGACACGUUGUCGUGGUCUUCAACCCCUUGGCCUGGACGGUCACCACCAUCAUUACCCUGACUGUGGACUCUUCCUGGGUCAGCAUCACCGAUGCGUCAGGCCACCCGGUGCCUGCACAGGUCCAGAAAUCAAGGGAGAAACAACCUACAUACGACCUGCAUGUGCUGACCAUUCCGGGCCUCAGUUACCGGCACUACGGCAUCAGGAGCACCGAGGGGGCCCAGACGGGCAUCCACGAACCAGUUGCCACCAUAGUUAGUUCCACCCAGUUUGGGCGCAGGCCGUGGACAUGCACUGGUCCAGGGAUCAGGCACCUGUUGCGGGUGAAGAAUGACAUUAACACCGUGUUCCUGGACCAUGACACCAACCUGAUGCACAGCAUGUGGGAGAGAGAGAGUAACCGCAGCAAUGAUACGGAUCCGCAGCCCAUUUCUAAUAACUACGCGUGUGCACCCAAUGAGACCGCCAAGCGCCCCCGGAAACCAGUGGGAAUGCAGAUUGUGGCGGGGGAGCUCAGGACCGAGAUCCGGCAGUACCCCUACAGGUGCGCCCGGGCUCCCCCAGGGUCGUGCGAGGCGCACCUGAACCACGAGGCCAUCCUGAGGACCAGCACCAGUCUACACAACCGCCGGGUCCUCUCCUCGGACAACAGCGGCUGCUGGAUGCAGUGGAGGCACUUCCGGAAAUACGCGAACAACAUGAACAACAUCACUCGGAAUCACUACCCCGUGGUUCAGUCUGCCUUCCUCGAGGACAACAGAAGCGGGUUCGUGCUGCCGUCCCAGCAGGCACGCCGCGACUCCAGCCAAGGGAACGGGCCCGUGGAGGUCAUGCCCCAUCGCCUGUGGAACAAUUUGGACUGGGGUCUGGGUACCAGCCUCACGCUGAACGACACCUCCGUCGUCUUCCCUGUGCUCUGGCCGCUGCUGGGACCCCGGCCCCUCCCCACGGGCCUGCUCCAGGGGGGUGGGCGGGCGCGGCAUCGAGAGCUGAACAACUGGAGGAUUGGGGCUCAGAGGGGUCCUCACUGCCGCCCUCCUUCUGUCCCUCAAGGCCACGGAGGAAAGGCCGAGGCAGAUCUCCGCCGCGUCCUCUGGCUCCAGCACCUGUGUGAGGUCGGGGAGGACCCGGUCCUGUCUCAGCCUGUGACGGUGAAUCUGAAGUGAUCCUGUCCCUUCAGGUCAUGCUUGGGGGGGGUGCUGGGGUCCAUGGUGGCCGUGGAGGAGCACUCACUCAUGGGGACCUCGGACGUGAGCACCCUGUACCGCUGGAGCUGGAGGACACAGGAGCAUUCCCACCACAGAGGUUGGGGACACCCCGGUUCGGGCCAUGCUCGGGAACCCCAGCUGCUCCAACCUGGCUCAGGAGCUGGGCAGCCCUGGUUCAGAUCCCAGCUCUGCCCCUUAUGA